AUGACAGCCCAAAAUUCGAUUCUCUUCGUGGAUGCGUACGAUUCAUUUGCAGAGAAUAUUGCCGCACUUUUAUAUGGAUGCCUUCAGGUCCAUGUUACUCUGAUUAGAAUUGAUUCCAACAUUCAGCAAGAGUUCAAGCAAACUAGUCAGGAAUUCUUUUCGUCCUUCGACGCCAUCGUCCUCGGCCCCGGGCCCGGAAAUCCGGAGAACGCUGAAGACGUCGGCUUAUUCAACCAAGUAUGCGCAUAUGCGGAAAGCCAGCAGAUCCCUGUCCUGGGGAUUUGUCUGGGAUUUCAGAGUCUGUGUGCUAGAUAUGAGCUCCCAGUUGUCCGGAUGAGCCUACCCUGUCACGGCCAUGCAAAAGAGAUAUGUCACUCCGGCAGAGAUAUUUUCUCGGGCACAGAAGGCAUCCUUGCAACUUGCUACAACAGUCUCGGCGUCUGCCUUGAGCACUUCAGGGGCAAUGAUACAGCGAGUCGUCCAGGUUCAUCCGGCUCCCACGAGAGUAUGUCAUCCUCACAGAGCCUUUACUCAACAUCCUCCCUCUACCCUACGAACUAUGCCGGCCGCAGCGAAUCCCAUCAGAUAAUGAAAAGCUUGAAGGUUCUGGCUUGGGAUAAGAACGGUUGGGUCAUGGCUGUCAGACACAGGCUCCUACCAUUCCACGGGUUCCAGUUCCACCCCGAAUCGUGCAAAUCCAACCUGGCUUGCCAGACUCUCGUCAAACAAUGGUGGAAGGCAGCGACGAGUCACAAUGAACAGUGUCGAGACCCACUCCCUCGCCGACAAGCGAGGCCCACACAGGUCGUGGGACCAGCUGCUAGCAUAUUGCCCACCAGUGCGGUGAAUUUGUUAAGUGAGCUGCUCUCGGUCUCAAGCACUUUCAAAGGCUCUGUACACCGAAGAUCCAUGCAUCUCCCUGGGGCUUCUAGCAUGAUCGCAAAUCUUUGCCACCAAAACUCACGGGCAGACUGUGUUGCCAUGCUGGAGUCCACGAAAAGAGGACGCUACAGCAUUUAUUCUUUCACCCACGAACAGAGUUUCCUACUGGAAUACAAAGCCGACCAGGUCCUCUUCAGUCUGCCAUCUUCAGCCCGUGGUCCUGUUCAACGCUCCUUGCUUAGCAGAGAAGUGGCUGUCGCGCUCAUCGAAUCUUUCAUCCAAAGACGAAGUUUCAAAAGUGACGAGGCAGACCUCCCGUUUAGCGGCGGUUUGAUCGGGUUCAUCUCUUACGAGUUCGGUACAGCGUCUUUGCGCUUGAAGCUUCAGAGGCAGAAUGUGCCACUACCGUCGACGCCAGAGAUCAGCCUUCUCUGGGUAGACCGUAGCGUCGUCUAUGACCAUGACACUGGAAUGGCACAUAUCCAGUCUAUACGAGACAAUGACUGCUGGGUGGAUGAGAUUGCGGACAUGUUGCAGAGCAACUAUAAAGCUUCGGGCGACGCUGUGAGUUCGGCAACCAGCAAAAAAGCACAGGAGAUUCUGUCCUCGGCCAAAUUCACCCUUCCGAAUCAUGACCAAUAUGUAUCUCAGAUCCGCACUUGUCAGUCCGAAUUACUCGUUGGAAACUCGUACGAACUGUGCCUGACCACAGAGGCAACCAUCACUACGCCCGCUAGCUCCGAAGCUCCUUACUUUCUCUACAGGAACCUUCAGCGGCACAACCCUGUACCAUUCGCCGCCUAUAUUAGCUUCAACAAAACCACGAUCCUCUCUUCCUCGCCGGAACAGUUUCUCUCGUGGUCAGCCAAGGACGGCGCGAUAGACAUGAUCCCUAUGAAAGGCACGGUGAAGAAGACGCCGGAGAUGACGCGCGCAAAAGCCACAGAGAUUCUCUCCUCUGCCAAGGAAAGUGCAGAGAAUCUCAUGAUUGCGGAUCUGAUCCGACACGAUCUCUACAGCACGGUGGGCCAUGAGGCGAAAGUCGGGGUGGUAAAGUUAUGCGACGUGGUCGAGUCGGAGACGGUGUUCUCGCUUGUGUCGCACAUUCGCGCCCAUGCUCCCGUCUCUCCCAACACGGACAAGGACUCUGACGAAUACGCACAAGCAAUGUCGAACUAUGGCCUCAGAGCACUCACACGCACCCUCCCACCCGGCAGCAUGACGGGCGCCCCGAAAAAGCGGUCGUGCGAGAUCCUCGACAACCUCGAGCGCAGAGACCGUGGCGUCUAUUCUGGAGCCAUCGGCUACAUAGACGUCUGUGGGAACGGGGCGUGGUCGGUCGUCAUACGGUCUGCCUUUUCGAACCGCGAAGAUAACGGAACCGAUCCGACUACCGGCGAAGAGACACAGAAGUGGCGCAUUGGCGCUGGCGGUGCCAUCACCGUGCUGAGUGAUGAAGAGGAGGAGUGGGAGGAGAUGAUGACAAAAUUAGAUAGUGUGCUGACAGGAUUUCGGCUCGAUUGA